UCCUUUUCUUCCUUUCUGUGGCUGUGUGUGUGGUGUGAGUUUUCAUCAUCAUUUGUUGAAAUUCUGUUAUUUUUGGCUCGUAAAUUCUGUUUAUUUUGACGAUUUCAAAAAUGGUUUCUGGUUUAAAUACUUCGUCCGACUUGAAUUGGUUGAUCACCCGAAAUAGUUCAUGCUAUUUGCUGAAACGUCGUGGUGUGAACCAUCAUUUUAGCACCGAUCCAUUAAAUCCAAAAGGUCUUUACAAACCUCGAUUUCAAGGAACAAUUCAACGACGAGCAUUGAGUGUACAGGAAAAUCCAUCGGGUAAAGGCGUUGUGAUGGUUUACAAGAAACGAGCAAAUCAAAACAAACCGGCCAAAUCAUUGAAUCGUGUGGUCAUGAAUCGUAAUGCUCGACGUACCGUACGAAACAUCAAACAAUUUGUCAACAAGCAAAAUUAUCGGAACGAUUUGAAAAACGUCGUAUUGAGAAAAGCCAGUGCAUUGCUACGAGCACAGCGCAUCAAAAAUUCCAAAAAGACUCGUCAAUCGAAGAAGAAAGAAUAAUCUUUUAAUAUAGAAAUGUAAUUGAAGUUUUUCAUGAAUAAAUAAAACAACUUUUUUUUCUAAA